AUGAGCGAUUCGGGUUUCUUUGAAAAAGUUAAAUUGUUAGAUAUGUUUGGUAAACCUGUAACGUUGAAUGUUUUUGGUAAGAAGAGACAUAAAACUAUUGUUGGAGCAUUUGUAACAUUGUGCUCUGUAGUAUUUUUUAUAAGUGUCAUCCAAAAUAGAUUAGUAAAUUUUAUCUUAAAUGAAGACAUAAUAGCUCAAUAACAUGUAUUGCAAGAAUAAGCAAGUGAAUUAAGUAUUAAUCCUUCAACAUUAAUGAUGGCUAUUAAAUUCGAUAUUGCUUAGGGAGCUUAGAAUAUUGAAGGUUAACCUUUUACAUUUAAGAUAUCUUAAGUAGAAUAGAAUUUAAUUCAUCAGACUUAAUCUACGCGUAUGCAAAUAAUUACUAAAAAUAUAACUACAGGCAUGGAACCUUGCACUUUAGAACAUUUUUCAUCCUAAUAAAAGUCUGAAAUGAAGACACUUUUAACUUUUUUUUAAGAUUAUGGUGUAUAAUCCUACUAUUGCCCUAAUAUAGAAUUAAAUUUUACAUUGUAAGGAAACAGAAAUACUGAGCUUUACAAAUAUAUACUAAUUGAGAUAAUUAGCUGCGAAGACUAACCAGGAUGUUGGACAAAGAAAUAAAUAAAUGACUACAUAUAAAAUUAUGAGUAUUUCACUAUUUAAGUUAUAUUUAAUAGCUAUAUACCAAACUACGACUCUUAAGAUUAUUUAAAAUCAUAUAUUUAUGAUAAAAAAAUAUUUAGAAUGAUACCUUACUCUAUGAAGCCAAUAGCUGAAAUGUAUUUUGAAUAAAACAAUAUCGAAUCAGAUGAAUCUUGGUUCUGGUUCUCUUCUUCUAGAUUUGAGUCUUAUGUCAUGUAUUCUGAAGAGGAGUUUAGAGAAAAUUUAAUAAGCUAAACUUAAACUGCUACAAGCUUAAAAAACUAUGGAUAGUUUUAUUUUCUUAGAUCACAAUAUACAAUCAAUACAUAGAGAGCAUAUGAAAAAAUAGAUGGAAUAUUAUCUUAUAUGGGUGGUUUUAUUCAGAUGGUAUUUGUGUUAACAGGAUUUAUAAUGGAAUUUUAUAAUAUGCAGAGUUUAAUGAUAUAAUUAGCUAACUAGCUCUAUUCAUUCGAGACACCAACUGAACUUAAAAAUGAGGAUAAAGACAUUUUACAAUUUCACACAAAAUAAGAUUUUUUGAGGAGCAUAUAUUCUAAAAUAUUUUCUCAAGUAGAAAAGCUAAGUAUAAAUAUAAAGUAUUUUAUUUAUAAGAUUAGUUUUAGACGGUUAUUCAACAAUGGUAGAAAUGUGCUAAUUCAUGAAGUUAUGAAAUAAGUGGAUAAAGAUUUGAACAUUUUUGAAAUACUUGAUAGAUUACAUGAAGUUGACAAAAUGAAAAAGGUUUUAUUUACAGAGGAGUAAAAAAAAAUAUUUGAAUUUUCUUAUAAGCCUACUUUUAAUUUGGAGUCUAUUCAAAACAAUAUGAAAGUACGAAAGAUUUAAGAGAUAGAAUAAAAAAGAAUUAAAAGAAAUAAAAAGAUAAGAGAUAAAGAAGAGAAAAAACUUUAAAAAAAAAUAUAAUCGCAGAUUUUAAGCCAAAGAAAAUUAUGCUUAAAUUCUUAAAAAGAAAUUUUGGCAAAUAAAAACAUUCCUCUGCAAACAUCAAACUAAGUAGAAGCCUAUGAUAAAAAUAAUCUCUCAAAAAAAAGUUUUGUUGACAUAGUUGCAUAAAUAUAAUAUCUCAAAAAUCAGGAUAAUCUUAACAGAAUUUGUUAGAUUUCUAAUUUGCUUUUGGAAGAAGGGCAGAUUGCACAAAACCAAAACCAAAUGACAUUAAAUUUAUCAUCUAGGCCAGAUAAAUUUACUGAAACAUUUUAUUGCUUUAACAAUCUUAGCAAUUAAAAUUACCAUAACAAUUAUUAAACAACUUUUAAUAACAUAAAUUAGUUUCAUUCCUAGUAGAUAUCACCUUUAAAAUAAUAUUUGUUGUAAAACAAGAGGAAAAAAAAUGAUAAUUUUCUACUCAAUCUCAUAUAGGUAUUGCGUCCAUAAACAUUUUAUAGCUAAAGAAUGGACUAUUCUUAAUUUUCAGCUUUCUAUGAGUUAUAUGAGGCUUAUGAGUAAGCAACUAAUCCAUAACUAAAUAAUAGGAAUCAAAUCAAAGUAACUUAGAAGAUAUUAUAAUUUCUUGGUUAAGACAUAAGAGAUGUUUUUAAGCUCGCUGAAAAGCUUCCUACAGAAGAAUCAAUAUUAAGGCAAGAAAGGAUCAAUAUGUUGGUAUAACUUUUUAUUCAUAACUUGAAAUAAAAAACUGGAAAGGAAUCCUUGUAUUGCUUAACAAAAGUGAAUGAAGAAGUUUCAGAAAAUGAAUAAAAAGGAUUCGACAUAUAAUCUAAUUAUUAGUUUAGGAUUAAUAAAAUGAAUUAAUUGAAUGAAAAAACAGAUUAACUGCUAAGAGGUAAAAAUACAUAGAGUCUUAUCAACUCAAGCAACUUAUCUUCAAUCAAUUAAAAUCCUGAAACGCUUAUAACUGUUUUGGAUUAGUCAUCAAAUAAUCCUAAAUAUAUUGAUAGGUCUAAUAAUGCAAUGCUAAAUAAGCAAGACUUUGAUAAUUUAUCUCAAAUUUCUCCAACUCGAUUCUCUCAGAAUUCUCCCAAUAAAAAUUCUAGUAUGAAGAAAUUAAAUGAAUAUAAUUCCAUCUAAAAUAAUAAAGGAAAGAGAUUUUCAUUGUAGUUUUAAUAUAUACCUAGUGACAAGCAUGGAAUUACUUAAAACUAAACGACAGGAGUUAAGACAAAUAGUAACAGUAGCAUUUUUAGAUCAAAUUUUUAACAACAAAAACAACCAAAAAGCAUAGUUGAACUAUCGAAAUUUGAUUAGAAUGCUACUUCUUAGUCAUCAGAUGAAAUUCACAACAUUUAUAAACCAAACCAAACUAGUAGCAGUCAUCACAAUAUAGAUAAAGCACUAAAAAAUGUGAAAUUCUAAUUAACAAUAAAUGAAGAUUAAGCUGAAUAAGUUCAUAGCUUUAAUAACAUUAAAAUUAAUAAUGUUGAAUAGAAUAACUAGAAUGAAUAGUGA